GUUUAACAACACACGGCAGGAAGGUGAGCAAGGAAGACAUGCAAGCGGAGAUCUGUGAACUUGAAUGCAGCAUAUGAGCUAAACGGGAGCUGAGGAAGAAACUAUAGCAGCGUGGAUAUGUCGGACCCGGCGGCGCAGGCCUUACAACCCCGGCUUCUUCAAGCCCAGUCUGCUGGGUCAGCGGGCUCCAGUACUACUACUACUGCAGGCUCAGGAUCAGGGAACAGUGACCCGGUCAGACCAGGGCUCAGCCAGCAACAACGUGCAAGCCAGAAAAAAGCACAAGUCCGAGCUUUCCCACGGGCGAAGAAGCUUGAAAAACUUGGCGUAUUCUCCGCAUGCAAGGCUAAUGACACAUGCAAGUGCAAUGGAUGGAAAAACCCAAACCCACCGUCGGCCACACGUAUUGAUCUGCAACAGCAAGCAGCCAGCCUAAGCGAGCCCUGCCGCAGCUGUGGACAUGCUCUGGCUAAUCAUGUGUCACAUCUGGAGAACGUGUCUGAAGAUGAGAUUAACAGGCUGUUGGGGAUGGUGGUUGAUGUGGAGAACCUUUUUAUGUCUGUACACAAAGAGGAAGACACUGACACCAAGCAGGUCUAUUUCUACCUUUUUAAGCUGCUGAGGAAAUGCAUCCUUCAGAUGAGCCAGCCAGUCGUAGAAGGAUCCCUCGGAAGUCCACCUUUUGAGAAGCCCAACAUUGAGCAGGGGGUUUUGAAUUUUGUCCAGUAUAAGUUCAGCCACCUUGCACCAAAGGAAAGACAGACAAUGUUUGAACUGUCAAAGAUGUUCCUUUUGUGCCUAAAUUACUGGAAGCUUGAGACCCCUACGCAGUAUCGUCAACGUACCCAGAAGGAUGAUGGGACAGCUUACAAAGUGGACUACACUAGGUGGUUGUGCUAUUGCCAUGUUCCGCAAAGUAAUGACAGCUUACCGCGCUAUGAAACCACUCAGGUGUUUGGGCGCAACUUGCUCAAGUCCAUUUUCACUGUCACCCGACGCCAACUCCUGGAGAAGUUUAGGGUGGAGAAGGAUAAACUGCUACCAGAGAAACGUACACUUAUCCUCACACAUUUCCCCAAGUUCUUGUCCAUGCUGGAGGAGGAAAUCUAUGGUGAGAAUUCACCCAUAUGGGAGGCUGAUUUCACCAUGCCGGCCUCCGAUGGCACACAGCUCGGACAUCAGACAGUGAUCAGUCCGGCUUCAGUGUCUGGCUCUCCUGCUCUGUCCAAGUGUCUGAACAGCAGCUCUUCUGUCAGCAGCAUGGAUACUGGUGGAGCAGAACCAAAGACAGGAGAAAAGCGCAAACUUCCCGAGACCUUGACCCUGGAGGAUGCCAAGCGGAUUCGUGUGAUGGGAGAUAUACCAAUGGAGCUGGUCAAUGAAGUCAUGAUGACAAUCACUGACCCUGCUGCUAUGCUCGGACCAGAGACUAAUCUGCUGACACCAAAUGCUGCCCGUGAUGAGACUGCAAGGCUGGAGGAAAGACGUGGUAUCAUAGAGUUUCAUGUCAUUGGAAACUCACUUUCCCAGAAAUCAAACAAGAAGAUCCUGAUGUGGCUGGUUGGCCUACAGAAUGUCUUUUCACAUCAGUUACCUCGUAUGCCCAAAGAGUACAUAACACGACUGGUGUUUGACCCGAAACACAAGACCCUAGCCCUUAUCAAAGAUGGCCGCGUCAUUGGAGGCAUCUGUUUUAGGAUGUUUCCCACUCAGGGCUUCACAGAGAUCGUCUUUUGUGCCGUCACAUCCAAUGAGCAAGUUAAGGGCUAUGGUACCCACCUGAUGAACCACCUUAAGGAGUACCACAUCAAACACAAUAUCCUCUAUUUCCUCACCUAUGCUGAUGAGUAUGCCAUUGGCUACUUCAAGAAGCAGGGCUUUUCCAAAGACAUCAAAGUGCCGAAGAGUCGAUACCUUGGAUACAUCAAAGACUACGAGGGAGCGACCCUCAUGGAGUGCGAACUGAACCCUAGAAUCCCUUAUACCGAGCUUUCUCAUAUCAUUAAAAGACAGAAGGAGAUUAUUAAGAAACUGAUUGAGAGGAAACAAAGCCAGAUCAGAAAGGUUUACCCGGGUCUCACCUGCUUCAAAGAGGGAGUACGACAGAUCCCAGUGGAGAGCAUUCCAGGCAUAAGAGAGACAGGCUGGAAACCCAGUAACAAGGACAAAGGGAAAGAGGUGAAGGAUCCUGAUGUGCUAUACAACAUGCUGAAGAACCUUCUCGCCCAGAUAAAGACUCAUCCUGAUGCUUGGCCCUUUAUGGAACCAGUGAAGAAAUCUGAAGCUCCGGAUUACUACGAAAUCAUCCGUUUUCCUAUUGACCUAAAGACUAUGACAGAAAGACUCAAGAACAGAUACUAUGUGACCAAGAAACUUUUUAUUGCCGACCUACAGCGAAUCAUCACCAACUGUCGCGAGUACAACCCCCCAGACAGCGAGUACUGCAAGUGUGCCAACACCUUAGAAAAAUUUUUCUACUUCAAAUUAAAAGACGGAGGUCUGAUUGAGAAAUGAAGCCUGCCUCAGAACUAUUUCGACUGACAAGGAGUUACUUUCACAGCGGCCAAACGCCAAGAUAGAGAAGAUUUUUAGCUAUUGUCAUAUCUUGGUUAAGAAAAGGUUAUUUUCAAGGGGAAAAAAAAAGAAUUGCUGAAAAAUUGUUGGACUUGCAUCACAGCCAGUUGAAUACUACAAGUUUCAAAAUGUGAUCCAGUUAAACUUACCUGAUGACGUCUUCUUUCAGUACUCGCAGUGGGUGAAUUAUCUGCUAAUACGUGUUUCAAUGAGUGUACCAAAGUUACAGGUCCAAGUAAUAAUGCGACUUUCCACCAUUCUUUGUAGAGUGACAGAUUCAGCUUUGUUGCAUUUUACAGGAGCCAGUGUUUAAGUAGUAAAGAGUUCAUUAAAAAAACAACAAAAACUGGACCUUGGGACCUAAAGCCACGUUGCCUUCCAUUACUGAGACACUUGAGCAUCCCAGCCAUUUUCAUAGGAAUGAAUAUAAAAGCUCUAAGGGGCAAAGUGCUUAGAGCACUUGAAAAAUGGGAAGUACUUUGCUAAGUAGUACUGAAACAAUUGAAUUAGUCAUUUGUUUAAAAAAAAAA